CUCGGCUGGAGCGGGUGUGUUGAUGUCGAGCAGCACCGGGCUUCUCCCACGUGUCUGCGCUGUAGCUCUCCCCUGUGCAAACAUGGCGGACCAGGAGCUGGCGGAGCAGGGAACUCAAGUGGAGAUCCUUCAAAACGGAGACGCACACGAACCCAAAGACGAAACAGAUCACGCUGAGGACGCGUCAAAGAAGAAAAAGAAGAAGAAGAAGAAGAGUAAAGCGGCGAUCGUAGGAAAUGGAAAUGGGGAAGGAGAUGCUGAUAUCGAUAAAGUGAUAAAACAGUUGGAGCAGCAGGCCUUGGAUGACCAAGAGAAGGAAGAGGAUGGCGAGGAUGAUGGUGAUGAAACUGAAACAACUGGAAAGAAGAAGAAAAAAAAGAAGAAGAGGAAAGGUGGCAAGGUUCAAACAGACCCUCCAUCUAUUCCCAUCUGCGAACUUUAUCCAAGUGGAGUUUUCCCCAAGGGCCAAGAAUGUGAAUACCCGCCUUUACAAGAUGGGCGUGAUGCUGCAUGGAGAAUGAGCAAUGAAGAGAAGCGCGUGUUGAAUCAGGCCAGUGAGGAAAUCUGGAACGACUUCAGACAGGCCGCAGAGGCGCAUCGGCAGGUCAGGAGCUACGUCAUGAGCUGGAUUAAACCAGGCAUGACCAUGAUUGACAUCUGCCAGAAGCUGGAGGACUGCUCUAGGAAGUUAAUUAAAGAGAAUGGGCUGAAUGCUGGCCUUGCUUUUCCUACCGGCUGCUCCCUCAACCACUGUGCUGCUCACUACACACCCAACGCUGGCGACCCCACGGUGCUCCAAUACGAUGAUGUCUGCAAGAUUGACUUUGGCACGCACAUUAAUGGUAGAAUUAUUGACUGUGCCUUUACUGUCACUUUCAACCCAAAGUAUGAUAAACUGCUGGAAGCUGUUAAAGAUGCCACAAAUACUGGAAUUAAGUGUGCAGGAAUUGAUGUCCGUCUUUGUGACAUUGGAGAAGCCAUUCAGGAAGUCAUGGAGUCUUAUGAAGUGGAGUUAGAUGGGAAGACAUACCAAGUUAAACCAAUCCGGAAUCUCAAUGGCCACUCAAUUGGACAGUACAGAAUACAUGCAGGAAAGACUGUGCCUAUUGUCAAGGGUGGAGAAGCAACUAGAAUGGAGGAGGGAGAGGUGUAUGCCAUCGAGACUUUCGGAAGCACUGGAAAAGGCAUGGUGCAUGAUGACAUGGAGUGUUCACAUUACAUGAAAAACUUUGAAGUUGGACAUGUGCCAAUCAGGCUUCCAAGGGCCAAGCAUUUGCUGAAUGUUGUCAAUGAGAACUUUGGCACAUUGGCAUUCUGCCGUCGCUGGCUUGACCGUCUGGGCGAAACCAAAUACCUGAUGGCACUGAAGAACCUGUGUGACCUGGGCAUCAUCGACCCAUACCCGCCUCUGUGUGACACUAAAGGCUGUUACACAGCUCAGUUUGAACACACCAUCCUACUGAAGCCAACCUGCAAGGAGGUGGUCAGCAGAGGCGAUGAUUACUAAAGCUAGUGCUCACCAAUUUCUCAAAAUUUCACUGACACGCAUGUUCAUGUGUUGUUCGAGUUGCUUAAGGGGCUAAAUGCAUCGCGGGCCUGUGCCAGAGCUUAAAUCUUCUGGAAACAUUGUAUGGAAAUUGUUCUCUUUGGUGCUGGCAUUCUGAAAGCCAAUUUCAUUUGCCAUGCAGACAGUCCAGUGCUCUCAUUCCACACCUACUGAGCAGCCUCAAGAUUAGGAAGUGUCAAAUUUUGAAAAAUUGGUGGACUUCUCUUAACCUGUAACACGCGUAUGUUAGCCCAGGGAAGAUUAUGGUUGACUGUAUUAUUAAACCAUAAAGCAAAAAAAGUAUUUAGAAAGGGUGUGGAGAACAUCAUCUUCACUGAUUAUAUAUAUGUAUAAUGUUUCUUCAGCAGCUUUUAUUUGUAGCCAUAUUUGAUUGCAUUCUUUAUUAGAACCAUGGACACAAUAAUGAGAUCCUAUAGAAAUUGGAUUGCUGAAGUUGUUUACUCAUAAAACAGUGUACAUACAGCUUAUACAUGCAUUCAUGCUUUUUGCAUUUAAGGGGGAAAAAAUAAUCCUUGCAUCACCUUGGACUAGAACAAAAGAUGAUGGCUGUGUAUAAUAGCCUUGAAUGUUUUGGCUAAGCUUUUUUCAGACUGAAAACAGUCACAUCUCUCUGGGUAAAGCACAAUGCUGUGUUUUAUUUUGAAUUAAAAAUAAAAUUUGUAAGAAAUUACA